AUGGCUUCACCACCCUUAUCCUUAGAUUGCUGGUCCAAGCUUCCUCUAGAUCUAAUGCAACUGAUCUUUGAGCACCUUAGCUUUGUCGAUUUCGAACGAGCUAAAUCAGUUUGCUCAUCUUGGCUAUCUGGUUCGAGACAAUCUAAGCCAAACAAUAAGAUCCCUUGGAUGAUUCUAUUCCCCGAAGAAAAAAAUUACUGUCUCUUGUUCAAUCCUGAAGAUAAAGAAGAAAAGCUCUACAAAACUCAACAUCUUGACAAACACUGGGCAGAUAGUUUUUGUUUAGCGACUUGUAGAAGCUGGCUUUUGAUGGAGACUUUUCAUGAAGUCCAUCUUUAUAUUUUUAAUCUUUUAACCCUCGAGAGGAUCGAUCUACCUAAAUCUUUAUCGUAUGGAUCUGACUCUCCCAUAUUGUGGAUAGAUGAGAGAAGCAAAGAUUACCUUAUUAUAAGAAACGAUCUUACUUAUUUCAAGAAAGGAGAUAACUCGUGGAAAAAAGAAAUCUCUGUACAGUUGUCAGAUAACCAAAAUGGCAUGGUAUUCAAAGAUCACAAGCUCUAUGGUCUUACCGAAGAUGAACUCCGUAUUUUCGACUUUUCUGGUGAGUUUCCUCUGCAAGUUUCCAGAGUUAGCGUAAGGGGAUGCGUAAAACUAGAAAAAGUAAGCCGGAUGAGAUGGCCUGAACCAUGGGCAUUCAAUCAACUUCGCAGGAGGAAUAAUGUGGUAGUCACUUUAAGAGGAGAUGUCUUAAUUGUAAGGAGCAAAAGUCCAAAUGGGUCCUAUUCGUGGAACUUUAGAAUCUUCAAGAUGGAUUCAUCAAAUGAGAAGAUUAAGUGGGAGGAAAUUUUUUCUUUGGGAGAUGAGGCGAUUAUUUUAGAUUUGGGUAUUACAGUGCUUGCUAAGGACCAGGAAGGCGUCACUAGUAACUCCAUUUACUUCAAUGCUCAGGACACGAGUCAGUACUUCGCUGACAUCUUUGUAUUCAAUCUCGAUACAAAGAAGGUUGAACAACUACCACAAGUUGUUUCCUCUGUGUUGUUAUCUGGAGCUCGUUGGUUCCUACCAAAUUUUAAGAAUGAUUGA